GGCCAUGGCGCUGUUCUGCAUCCGCAGGUACGGCGCGGAGGACGAGCGGGAGGAGGAGGAGGAGGCUGAGGCGGAGGACCGGGCGCGGGUCCUGCUGGAGCGGCUGCAGCAGCAGGCGAGGGCCCGGCAGCUGAAGAAGCAGCGAGAGGCGCAGCCCCAGGAAAGGGAAGGCCCAGGGGGCGAGGGGCUGAGCCCCGGGGGGGAGCCCGGCGAAGGGAAGGGAAAGAGGAAGAGGGACAGUGAGGAGCAGCCCAGUGCUCAUAGACAGAAGAAGCUAAAGACAAAACAACAGCCCCGCAGCUCUUCGGAGGAAAGGGCUGGAACUGAGGAGGCAGCAGAUGGCAGCAGCCCCACAAAGAAGAAGAAAGCAAAUAGAAGAAAAUCGAAAGUGCAGCGAGAGAGGACUGAAGCAGAUUCUGAAGAAUACAUCAAACAACAGGAAAACAAAAACAACUUUAAAAACAAGUCUAAUAAAAGGAAGAAGACUGAUGAGGAAGCACAAGAAGAUGAAACAGGGAGGAAAGAGAGCAGUGAAAAAGCUGAAGGAAAUCAAACUACAAAGGAGGAGCUGCCCUUAGUAGCCUCAGGGGAAGAGGCAAAUUGUCCACCCUCCAGUAUGAUGAUUCUGGGAGACUACGAGGAAAAGCCAGUGCAGAAGGUCCAGCCCUUCUUACCACAGUGGCUUGCUCAACCCAAACGGGUGCAGAAACGCAUCAAAGAUAAUCUGUGUCCAGUCAGAGACGUCCCAGGAAUCCACCCCCGGCUGCUGAAAAAGCUGCAAAUGAAUGGAAUAGAGUCCUUUUUUCCAGUCCAGGCAGAGGUGAUUCCUGCCAUUCUCCAGAGUGCCUCCAAUGGGUACCUGAUGGGGAGGGGAGGAUACCGCCCCAAGGACAUCUGUGUCUCAGCACCCACAGGCAGUGGGAAGACCCUGUCUUUUGUCAUACCCAUUGUACAGGUUCUGUUAGAUCGGGUGGUUUGCCACGUACGAGCUCUGGUUGUUCUGCCCACCAAAGAGCUGGCACAGCAGGUGAGUAAAGUGUUCAACGUGUACACUGACGGGACAGGUCUGAAGGUCGUUUUGAUUACUGGCCAGAAAUCUUUUGCAAAGGAACAGGAGAUGCUUGUCCAGAAAAAAGUGACAGGCUAUUGCAGCCUGGCUGACAUUGUCGUGGCAACACCAGGGAGGCUCACGGAUCACAUUAACCAGACCCCGGGCUUCAGCCUGACACAGCUUCGCUUCCUGAUUGUGGAUGAAGCUGACCGUAUGAUUGAUGACAUGCACCAGAACUGUCUGAACCAAAUUGUCAAAGCUGCAUUCCGAGGAGAAAAUGACUCUGGCUCCAACAUGCUUUUUCAAAGAACCAAACCAGGGCCUGUAACAGCAGCCAGUUCCUGCUCUCCUCAGAUACCCUUACAGAAACUGCUGUUUUCAGCCACACUGACCCAGGACCCAGAGAAAUUGCAGCAGCUGGAUUUAUUCCAGCCUCGUCUCUUCACAUCUGUGUAUUCUGAGAAAAAUGGAGAUGGAACAGAAACUGAACAAGAUACUAAUAAUAAAUACACUCUCCCUGAGGGGCUGUCGCAAUAUUACGUGCCUUGUGACCUGAAUUCCAAGCCUUUGCUCCUCUUGUAUUUCAUGCUGAAAAUGGAAUUCACCCGCGUGUUGUGCUUCACCAACUCCAGGGAAGCCUCUCACAGGUUGUUCCUGCUGGUUCAAGCCUUUGGUGGAGUCACGGUGGCAGAGUUUUCUUCUCGGUUAGCUCCAAAUGAGAGAAAGAGAACCAUGAAGGAGUUUGAACAAGGAAAAAUACAGCUGUUAAUCAGCACAGAUGCCACAGCCCGAGGAAUUGAUGUUAAAAGAGUGAAUUAUGUGAUAAACUAUGAUGCACCACAGUUCAUCAGGACCUACAUUCACCGGGUUGGAAGAACAGCUCGUGCAGGAGAAACAGGUGUUGCUUUCAGCUUGGUCCUUAGAAUUCAGGAGCGGAGGUUUCUGCAGAUGUUGAGGGAUGCUGGCAUCCAGGAUAUAAAGAAACACCCAGUGAAGGGCAACUCAUUGAAGCCAUUGGUGCAGCAAUAUGAGGGAGCUCUGUGUAAGCUCGAGAAGACAGUAAAGAACGAGCGAGCACAGAGACGAGCCUGAAUGAAUGGAAGCUGAGAUGGCUGAAGCUGCUGCGUGGGACAGGCCAUGGACUGCUCCCCAACACAGCAGCACUGAGUCAUGGUCCCUCAAUGGUUGGUUCCUCAACCUUAUCAUAUCUGAAGUCAGCUAUUACAGGCCUUUUUCCUCUUUCGAGGACACUGUGGACAGAGUUCAGUUACUGGUUUAAAAGAGGGAAAAAAAAAAGAGAUGAAUUUUGAGAUACAGGUUGUCUUGAAGAGGACUUUGCAUUGUAUCCUGCUGGCAUAUGGAGAAUUACCACCAGCUCUUGAGCAUAGCCUGAUGGAAGUGCUGUCCUCCAGUGGUGAGGGCUGGGCCCUCAGUGCUGUGCUGGGACAAUGGUUCUGUCUGUCUGCAAAUGCAUAAACACCUGUGUAGUGCCUGUAGCAGAAAUGUGUUUGAAGAGCUGCUCUAGGCUGCAGUGACUCCAACUUUUAAGUAAAUAUUAAAUAAUAUAUAUAUUUUUAAAACUGUGUCUAAUAAAGAUUCUUGGGCUCAGGAAUUGACUUGAUGAUCCUUGUGGGUCCCUUCCAGCUCAGGAUAUUUUAUAAUUAGGGAUGGAGUUAUUAAGAGGACUUUUCACUGUUACAGACUGGUGCCUUGUCCUUUUCUUGCCUAUGUUGUUUCCCUCCAAUGUUCUGUGCUGGAGGUAACAGCAGGUAUUAUUAAGUGUAGAUUGAUGUUAAUGCAGACUGAAAUGUCUGAUGUCUAAUAUGAAUAUCCUGGAGCCAGCUUGUGUCACUGCAAGUCCUAAGUCUGUAUUUGACACAUGCCAUGGCAAUUUUAGCUGCAGAGCUGCCAUGUACCUGUGGCCUGCAACUAUUCUCCAAGGGUUGCUUUUCCUCCAGCAGGAAUGGCUCCAGCUCUGGCUUACUUUUUUGCAAAGCAAAAUAAAUGUACACAUUGGCAUUAGCAAUAAAUGCACACAUUGGCAUUAGCAAUAAAUGAUUGAAAGCUGGGAAUCUUGAAGGGAUGGGUUUUGGGAAUGGUGGUUGAAUGUUGUGAAGAUAGGAGCAAGGUUGUUUCAUAGCAAUGAAGCAGUGUGUGUUCUCCUGCUGUGAGUUCUUGUUCUCAGGUUGUUUUUCCAUAGCACAUGUGUCUGGGCUGGUGCUGGAGUCACAGGAAUGGAAAGUCCUCUUGUGCAGGAGCUGUGAUCUCCCACGGGCAUAGCCAGCAUCUGCCUCUCGCGUCCCCUCAGCCGAGCUUUGGCUUCUUUAUCGUUAAGGGGAGUUAUCGGGACAAGCCGAUAAGGCAGCAGAUGGAAGGUGGCAGAGCCCAGUGGAGACUUUGCCCGGGUGGCACCAGCCCUGUCCCGUGUCAGGCACCGGCCCCGGGGGGAGCCCCGGGCUCUGUCGCUCCGCCCCGGCUGGGGCGGGACCGGUGCUGGCGGGACCGGCCGGGACGGGAUUUAACAGGAACAGGCGGCGGUGGCAGCAGCAGCGACACGAUGGGGCUGGAGCUGUACCUGGACCUGCUCUCGCAGCCCUGCCGGGCGCUCUACAUCUUCGCCCGGGCCAACAACAUCCCCUUCGAGUUCAAGCGGGUGCAGCUGAGUAAAGGGCAGCACAAGACCGAGGAGUUCCAGAAGGUGAAUGUCCUGAUGAAGGUGCCUGCACUGAGGGAUGGUUCUUUCACCUUAGCAGAGAGCAUUGCAAUCCUCCUGUACCUGGUCCGGAAAUUCAAGACUCCUGAUCACUGGUACCCAUCUGACCUGCACAAAAGGGCCAGGGUUGAUGAGUACCUGUCCUGGCAGCAUGCCAACAUCCGUGCCAAGGGGAGCAAGUUGUUCUUAAGCAAGGCACUGCUGCCUCUCCUCACAGGCCAGCCACUUCCUCCAGAGAAACUGGAGUCUGCUACUGAGGAGCUGAACAUUGCUCUGAAGCAGUUUGAGGAGAAGUUCUUGCAGGACAAGCCCUUCAUUGCAGGCAGUGAGGUCUCCCUGGCAGACAUCGUAGCACUGGUGGAGCUCAUGCAGCCUGUGUGUGCUGGCUAUGACCUGUUUGCGGAGAGGCCGAAGUUAACGGAGUGGCGCAGGCGGGUGGAAGAAGCUGUGGGGAAGCAGCUCUUCCAGGAGGCCCACGAAGAGAUCAUGAACAUUAAGAAUUUGACUGCUGAUCAGUUUGCACCUGAGCUGAUGGAGAGUUUCAAGCAGCAGCUCCUAAAGCAGUACAGCCUGAAUUAGAGGGUUAUGCUCUAAUAAAAUGGAUUAUUUUCUGAA